UAUGAUUGGAGAGGAGUGUCCAGAAGGUUUUAGAAAAGACGCAAUACAAGAAUCCUGUCUUGAAUAUGAUUCAUUUGGACCUAUUCCAAAUAUUACAGAAAUUGGGACAUCAACGAAAAAGAUAUUAAGAAUAGGCACUUGCGAAAAGAUCGGUAAUAUAUCAAAGGAAAACAAAAGGGUCAAUGAGAUUACAUACAGAAUGCUAGAAACACCCUUUGUUGUUUUAAAGAAAAAUUCUAGACCUUGCCCAAAGGAAUUAAACUAUCUCCAAGAAAAGAACUAUUGCGGCAUUAAACCAGGUUUGAUAGAACUAUUUUGGUACAUAAACAAUGUAAUUAGUCAGUUUUGUAAUUAGUCAGUUAGAUUGAACCUAAUUGAUUCUUGUAGACAGCAUUGCAAUAUGAAGUUAAAUAUGCAUCGCCAAAUAACAUUGCUAAAAGUAUUCAGAAAUUAAUACAUAUGAAAGCCUGAAACUAAGUAAAUCGCAAAUACCUAUUAUGCGUUAGGGUAAAGUGUGCGACAUUUUAUCGCUUGAUUUCAGAAUUUUUUAAAAAAUAUAUGCCUAUGGCUUGUUAAAUUAAUAUUGAAAUGACUUAUUUUUUACGAUACAAAAAUAA